CUGUCAGACACAGAAACAUCGCAAUGGCUGUCAAGGGAUUAGGCGCUAUUGACAAGCAGUACGACGGCUCCAAGUUGAGGGUGGGUAUCCUCCACGCCCGCUGGAACAAGAAGAUCAUCGACGCGCUCGUGGCGGGCGCUGUCUCCAAGUUGAAGGAGUUGGGUGUCCAGGAAGAAAACAUCAUCGUCGAGUCCAUUCCCGGCUCGUUCGAGUUGCCUUACGGCUCUAAGCUCUUUGUCGAAAAGCAGAAACGCGAGGGCAAGCCCUUGGACGCCAUCAUCCCCAUCGGGGUUUUGAUCAAGGGCUCCACCAUGCACUUCGAAUACAUCUGUGACUCGGUCACCCACCAGAUCAUGAAGUUGAACUUCGAAUUGGGCUUGCCUGUGAUUUUCGGUGUCUUGACCUGUUUGACUGACGAGCAGGCAGAGGCCAGAGCCGGUUUGAUUGAAGGCAAGAUGCACAACCACGGUGAAGAUUGGGGUGCUGCUGCCGUUGAAAUGGCAGUUAAGUUCAAUUAGAUCAAUCCACGUUAUCAGUUCCCAAAUGUAGUUGGACGAGGUCUCAUUAUUUGUACUUUUUC